CUGAAAGUAAAAAAAGAACGCUCUGUUCAAAGUUGGAAAAGAAGGAAUGGCGACUUCACCACCUCAGCAGGUUGAUCAUCACUCUCUUCCUCCGCCUGUGGCUGAAGAACCUGAAUCUCUCCUCUCUUCUCUCGUUUUUGAUUUGUCACAACAUGUUCAGAUGGCAAUGGAGAAUAUGCUUAAGAUGAUAAACGAAAUUGAUCAAAACUCCUUGGGAAUAAUGGAAGAGGUAGAGAAGUGCAAAGAAUCUGCUCUUGAAAGGAAGAAAAGUUUGGAGGAAGAGAAGGAAAAGUUUCAGAAAGCUGCAUACACUGUUUUGGACAUGCUGAAUAGCAGAGAAUGAAAAUCGUAAGCCCUGUCCACAAACGGGUAAAU